UCAAUCUGCCUCCAACUGCUGCCACUCCCCACCCAGGCCUGUGACGGGAGCGCGCUUCGCGUUAUGCGACGCUUUACUGCCAAACCACAGGCAAAGCUGGGCUUGUGAAUCUCCGCGAGGAAGUUGUUCGGAUUUAUAAACAAGUAUAGAAGAGUACAGAAUAACUGCUGGAAUAUAGUUUCGAAACGCUUCGUAUUGGGAAUCAAGUUACAUCGGUGACUAUGGAGUAGUGGUUUGCGGUACAAACGAUGGAGACGGCGAGAAGUUUGCUCUUUCUCGGGGUCGUGCUGGUAGGAGUUCAGAGCAUAUUGGGCAGAGAAGUGUGCUUGGGCACGGACAUGAAGCUGGCCCUACCAUCCAGUCUGGAAAACCACUAUGAGAUGCUACGGCUGCUCUACAGCGGAUGCCAGGUGGUGCAUGGCAAUCUGGAAAUUACACACCUACACGCGGCACCAGACCUUAGCUUUCUCCAGGGGAUCGUGGAGGUGCAGGGCUACGUCCUCAUUUCCCAGGUGUCGGUGAGCACAGUGCCCCUGGACAGCCUGCGCAUCAUUAGAGGCAGUCAGCUGUACAACUCCAGCUACGCACUGGCUGUGGUGGACAACACCGCCAGCCCUGGUGGGGGGUCAGGACUGAGGAAGCUGGGCAUGAGAAGCCUGACAGAGAUCCAGCUGGGCGGGGUGUUCUUUUGGGAGAACCCCGCUCUGUGCUUUCCGAACCCUGGGCAGAUCCAGUGGAACGACACUCUGGAUGAACAUAACACCCAGAAAAACAUGAUCCUUCAGCAGACGGCACCGGACUGCCCCGUCUGCUCCUCUGCAUGUGGGUCCCGAGGCUGCUGGGGCCCCACCAAGCAGGACUGUCAGACCUUGACCCAUAACUGUGCCUCUGGGUGCCUGCGCUGUAAGGGCCCACUGCCUAAUGACUGCUGCCACAACCAGUGUGCAGCUGGCUGCACUGGGCCCAAGGACACGGACUGCCUGGCCUGUCGUCACUUCAACGACAGUGGAACGUGCAAGGACAACUGUCCGCCCCCUACUAUCUAUGACCCUGUAACCUUCCAGUCCAAACCUAACAAGGACAAAAAGUUUAGCUUCGGUGCCACUUGUGUGAAGGAAUGCCCACAUAACUACUUGGCCAUGGAGGUGGCCUGCACCAUGGUGUGCCCCAAGGAAAACAAAGAGGUCAUCGUCACCUGGCCUAAUGGCCAGGAGACCCAGAAGUGUGAGAAGUGUGAAGACUGUCCCAAAGUGUGUUAUGGUUUAGGGAUGGGUAAUCUGCAAGGUGUUCUUGCGGUCAACUCCUCCAACAUCGGUCUCUUCGCUGGCUGCAAGAAGAUCUAUGGAAGUCUGGCCUUCCUCCAUGAGACCUUCCUGGGAGAUCCAGCCACCAACACCUCAGCGCUGGAGCCCAGCCGCCUCAAUGUGUUUAAAGACCUGCGUGAAAUAACCGGGUAUCUGUACAUAGAGGCUUGGCCGAAUAACAGUUCUGACCUGAGUGCAUUUGAGAACCUGGAGGUGAUCAGGGGAAGAAUGCUGUACAGGGGUGUAUUCUCUCUGGGCCUGCAGUCUCUACAGAUCGAGUCUCUGGGCCUGCGCUCCUUGCGCAGUGUGAGCGGGGGGCUGGUGCUCGUGCACAGCAACCCCCGACUCUGCUACACCUCAUCACUGCCCUGGGGCACGCUCCUACACCCUGCCCAGGGCCCCAACCUCAUUGGCACUGGUAACCGCAGCCCAGAGGAGUGUGUUGCAGAGGGGCGUGUCUGUCACCCCCUGUGUGCGAAUGGGAGCUGCUGGGGCCCUGGCCCGAGCCAAUGUGUGUCCUGCGUGAAGUACCAGCGUGAGACCGAGUGCGUGGAGGAGUGCAACAUCAUGCAGGGGUCUAAACGGGAGUACAUCGAUGGAUCCCUCUGCCGCUCCUGCCACGCCGAGUGCCGCCUUAUGAACGGCUCUGCCUCCUGCUAUGGGCCGGAGCCGAGCCAGUGCAGUGAGUGCCGUCAUCACCAGGACGGGGAGGUGUGCGUCCAGCACUGCCCCAGCGGCGUGAAGGAGGAGCACCACACUAUCUGGAAAUAUGCCAAUGAGACGGGCCACUGUCAACUCUGUGGCACCAACUGCACACACUCGUGCACUUUGAAGGAUGAGAAGGGCUGUCCUCUUGACCAGAAGACAGGGCCAGCAACCUCGAUCGCAGCAGCAGUGGGUGGAGUCAUGCUGUUCCUCAUCCUGGUGGCCCUGCUGGUGUUCUACCUGCGCAGACAGAGACACCUGAGGAGGAAGGAGACCAUGAGGAGGAUCCUGCAGGAACAUGAGCUGGUGGAGCCACUUACCCCCAGCGGUGCCGUGCCCAACCAGGCCCAAAUGCGCAUCCUGAAGGAGACCGAGCUGAAGAAGCUGCGGGUGCUGGGCUCAGGGGCCUUCGGCACCGUGUAUAAGGGCGUUUGGGCUCCUGACGGGGAGAAUGUGAAGAUCCCUGUCGCCAUCAAGGUGUUGCGGGAGAACACCUCACCCAAGGCCAACAAGGAAAUCCUGGAUGAAGCCUAUGUAAUGGCGGGUGUGGCCAGUCCCUACGUGUGCCGUCUCCUGGGUAUCUGCCUGACAUCCACAGUGCAGCUCGUUACUCAGCUUAUGCCCUAUGGCUGCCUGCUGGACUACGUACGCGAGAACAAGGGUCGCAUUGGCUCCCAAUCUCUGCUCAACUGGUGUGUGCAGAUCGCCAAGGGAAUGAGCUAUCUGGAGGACGUACGGCUUGUUCACCGGGACCUGGCAGCCCGCAAUGUUCUGGUGAAGAACCCUAACCACGUGAAGAUCACAGACUUUGGCCUUGCUCGGUUGCUGGAUAUCGAUGAGACUGAGUAUCAUGCAGAUGGGGGCAAGGUGCCCAUUAAGUGGAUGGCUUUGGAGUCCAUUCUUCACAGGAAGUUCACACACCAGAGUGAUGUCUGGAGUUAUGGGGUGACCGUGUGGGAGCUGAUGACGUUCGGGCUCAAACCCUAUGACACAAUCCCGGCCCGGGAAAUCCCAGAACUCCUGGAAGGAGGCGAGAGGCUGUCUCAGCCAUUCACCUGCACCAUAGACGUCUACAUGAUCAUGGUCAAGUGCUGGAUGAUCGAUCCAGACAGCCGGCCCAGGUUCCGUGAGCUGGUGACGGAGUUCACCGCCAUGGCCAGAGAUCCUCCCCGAUACGUGGUCAUCCAGAACGACGAGCAGAUGAGCCUGUCCAACCACGUGGACAGCCACUUCUUCCGCAUGCUGCUGGAGGAGGACGGGGCCGGCGUGGGCGAGCUGCUGGACGCAGAGGAGUACCUGGUGCCCCAGCCCGGCUUCUUCAGGCCGCAGGGCGACGUUCCCGCCAACGGCCCGUCCAGACACCACUCCCACAGGAGCGCAGAGCAUGUCCUGGAUGGCGAUGCCUCAGCAGGGGGGAGGAGUAUGUAUGCGUCAGUCAGCACCCUGGGGCGGAGUCAGUACCCCACGCUGCCCAUGUCUGCGAACGGCCCCUGGGUGCCCCAAUACCCCGCCCUGGCCCGCAGCAUAUCCCACCGCUCGGCCGGGGGCCAGUCAGACUCCGUCUUCCUGGACGUGGGGACAGAGGGUCCCGGCCCUCCUAGCAGUCCGGGCCGAUACUGCGAGGAUCCCACGCUGGCCAACGGGAACGACGGCGACCUGGAGACCGACGGGCCAGCUCUGCCCCUUCCACACACCCUCCCGAGAGGAGCGCGCACACAGCCCGAGUACGUGAACCAGGCGGUGCCGGACGGCAGGCCCGGGGUGGCAGACCGCCCCAGCACCCUGCCUCGUAAGGUGUGUGGGAGCGUGCGGCGCGUGCCCAACGGCCUGGGCCCGGGGAGCAGCGUGGAGAACCCGGAGUACCUGGUCCCGAUGAACGCCACCUCGCCCGCCUUCGAUAACCCGUACUACCUGGACCUGGGCAAGGCCGGAGCAGGGGGUGGGGGCACAGAGCAGGGGGAGCCGCCCGUGGCACGGCUGACCAAUGGCUUCGUCACGCCCACGGCCGAAAACCCCGAAUACCUGGGGCUGGCGGACACCUGGAGCGGGAAGAGAGAACACACCUGAGUGCGACUGAGCGAUCGGAGUGCGAGUGAAUGGGAGAACGAGUACGAGAGCGAAAGAUCCGUUUGCUAAAAAGAGCAGGAGGGAGUACUGUUCUGUUACUGGGGGGGGGGGGGGGGGGUCAGGGGUGUUCUGGUUCUGGUCCUGGUCCUGGUCCUGGUCUCUUCCAACUCCUGUGCCUCCAACCUUUACACCUGCACCCUCUCAUCCCGCCUUUUGCUUCGCUGAGGUUUGGGAGGGAAGGACAACUCUGAUCGGAAGAUAUUUCUAUCCCGCCCCCCCCCCCCACCUUCCCACGUCCUAGCUGGUCAGGCGAGACUACCUUCAUCCUGUCACCAUCGAAACGGAGACAGAAGACACGAACCAACUGCUCAAAUAAGGGAAACGCCACAGUGGCCAUCUGUGAGGUAAUACUUGGAUUGUGGCGACGUAAACGCAGGGACAUGCCACACGUACUGUGUCCCGUUGGUUGCUACCCGAACUCCUGCCAGCCCCCUCUCCGCCCCCACCCCCUCCGUCACAUAACACAAUGUAGCAUUUCCAUGAGGAAUUCCAUGGACAGCUUGAGGCAGCUUGCAAAGAAUCAGCUUUUGUAUGCUCUAUGGAAGCAUGCAUUACAGGGCAGCGAUGUCCCACAAACCCUAAACUUUCAGCAGAAGACACGAUGGAAACUGAUGCUUCUAGGAACCAUAAUAACUUUACUCGGUUUAAACAGACCCGUUCGUAGCAAAUGUUUCCCCAACAGUAUCCCAGCGUAAUAAUUCUGGGAUGUCGGAGAAACUGGACAAACCUUUGUGAUUAUUAUACAGAGACUGUAACCCAAAUAUUUACACUGGAAAAUUAAGAUGGACAGUGAAGCGUGGUUCUAGAUGGAAAAGGAAGGGGAAAUUAUCUUGGAGAUGGCUAUUUUGGCAGAAACGUCACCUAUAAUCCAGGAUUUUAGACAAAAGCCAAAACUAGCUGCGCAGUCAUAACUAACAAAUUCUUAGAGCCCAUCUGUUUGUGUCUGUGUAUUUAUUUACACGUGUUUAAAGCGGUACUAACCAACAUUGAGAGCCUGAGCCUGAGUGUACCUGCAGUAACAAGGGCUUCUUCUGAACAGUAUGAUAUGACAUAACUGAUGAUACCGUUUUAAUGUCGCAGCAAGAUUGUUAGAAUGUCGUGCGUUAAUACAGUUCUCCUCACAGCAGCAACUUGGCUGAGUAAGCCGGUUGGGUGUGAUUUUUUAAACUUUUUUUUUUGUAUUACUUUCCUUUUUUUUACUUUGUAUGUGUAAUUGUAUGUUCCAAAUGAAAAACAAUUGAAAAUGAAAAAUUCAUCCUAUAACCACUGAUAAUGCCAUGUGGACUGAACGGCAGUCGCCUAAAUCCCUGUGAUGACCAAGGUUUCAGAGCUUCAUAUUCUCAGAGGAGUUCCAGUGGGCUAAGCAGGUUAAGCAGAUGCAACUAAUCCUGACGUCUUCAGUUAAUUACAGUCGACAGCUGUACGAUAAUACUGCUGUUGUACCCUUGAGCCGAGAUUCUGUGUAGUCCACGGCUCCAGACUAUUUGGUAAAAAUCUCGAGGGAUGUAAAACGGAGACCUACAAGCGGCACGCAAGUCAUGUAGAAUUCAGCUGAAAAUUACAAGACAUUUUUUAAGGUUCAUGUACUUGGGAGUCCAGAAUCACUUGUUAAUAUUCAACUCUGGAUGUAGAGAGUGAUUGUCAUUUAAAUGGAUGUAGCUGAAGGCAGUUGUGCCGUGUGAAUAGUGCCAUUGUUCACCACGGAAGUGAGGUCGCUGCCACCCUGCCAGCGACCUCAUAGUUUCUGCUUAGCGGCUUUAAAGCAGCAGGUCUCCCAGCGGGGAGACCGGAACAAUGCACAGAGGAGCAGCGCAGUCAAAUGAAAGGGUAAGGCCUGCUGUGAACGUCAGACGUCUCAGCGCUUUGCGUAUUUACAACGUGCUUGGCGAAGGUUAGAGACACCAGUGCUCUGUUCAUCUGCCUUUUUAACCGCACUCAAGAUAAGAAUGGCAAAUUUAACAUGGGGCUCUAUUUUAAUGUGCAACGUGUAAGAACUACAUUUCUUUGUUGGUUGUUUUUCUUUUUUUACAACCUGAACUCGAGGACCAUACAGAUGAGACCUAAACUUCAGCAGAGUUGUGUCCAGUCAUUUGCACUUCGGAGUCUAAAGAACAUGAAUGUGGUUUGUCGUUGGUCUUUCACGCUUAAAGCUCUUGCCUUUAACAACGCUUAGAACAAUGAGUUUUGUGUGCUGGGGAGGGGAGGAUAGAUUGAAUUCCAGAGUCCCCCCCCCUUACGGUAACCACACAUAGUGUUGCCUAAUAUCCAGUGCUUGCUCAAGGGGAAAUUUCUUGGAAUUGGAAUUACUCCAACUUCUUUUUUUUACUAACUGGGUAUGCUAGAAAACCAUGCUGUACUUAACCGAAACCAAAAUUGUUAAAUAUCAAUCUGGAAAUCGACACCGGUUUUUAAAUCCAUAAUGUGGAGGAAGCAUUGGGACGGGUUGAUUUGGGACAGAACCCGAGAGAACACAGCCUGAAAUGGUGUCCAAAAAUAAUGGCAAUGCUGUGCAAGCCCCAUGUGGCAACAUGAUAUUUCACACAAGCAGCUCUGAGGCUGCUGGCACAGUGGACCGGCCACAUUUAGCACACUAGUUUGACACUGUCGGUGAUAUCUCUGCCUCCUUUAGCCCCCAGAGCAAAGACGACGGGGGAGGGGGGGUGGUGAAGGCCAGUGAGAUAUCAGGGAGAGGUGAAGGAAUUAUGUUAAGAUUUUUUUAAAUUGUACAUUUGUAUUUUUACAUACACUUUUUAAAAAUGUAUAUUGUAUAUGUGUGGGAUGUUUUUGUGUGGAUUAAUUUUGUUUAAAAGUUUUUCUACCAGUGAGCCAAUAGUCAUUUUACCCCACAUCAACAUACUAAAAAUAAAGCCCUUUUGGUUUAUGUGCGCCAGAAUGAAGAAAUUUCAAUAAGUGAAGUCCAAAUGGCUUGUAUGCACGCCAUUUAAUUCAUGUACUUGUGCAAAGAAAUUUUCCAUGAACAUGCUUUUAGUAAGAUGUGGCUUGCAUUAAAUGAAUUCUAUCAAAAGGUU